GCAGAGCAGAGCUGCUCUUUCCUCCGUUAAUAUGGGCGAUCCCGGGCGAACCGAGGCUCGGGACAGCACGGAACCAUGGUGAGGAAGAAGACGACCCCCGAGGGGUGCCGGGGACACCGGAAUGGGAUGACAGUGAAGCUGAAGAGUGGAGAGACGAGGUUGAGAAAACCAAACAAGAGAGCGCUGGGACCUGAAGAAGAGAGAGACACCACAGAAGUGGAAGAGCCAGGGGUCAAAGGGGGAGGUGAAGACCUUCCCGAGACCCCCGACGGGGGACCCCAAAAGGUCCCGACACCCCAGCAGCCGUCCGCCGGCCAGCAGGACCAGCACCAUUUUCUGAGGUCCAGCGUCAGGCCGCACAGUAAGAGGAUAAGGAGGGAUUUCUGUGGCACCAGCACAAAAAGCAAAGGUGUGCACAAUGCAAUUCCAUCUCCACCCAGCUGCUCCUCGAGGGUGGCCACCAGCGCCCCAAAGACCUCUGGCCGAAAUGUGGUGCCCCCUGCUGGUGAGAAGGAUGAAGGGAGCACGAAGAAGGUGCGGAGACAAUGGGAGUCUUGGAGCACAGAGGACAAAAACACAUUCUUUGAAGCACUAUUUGAACACGGGAAGGACUUUGAAGCCAUUCAAAAUAACAUUGCCCUAAAGUACAAGAAGAAGUCCAAGCCGACCAGCAUGGUGAAGAACAAGGAGCAGGUGCGGCAUUUCUACUACAGGACCUGGCACAAGAUCUCCAAGUACAUAGACUUCAGCAAUGUAUUUUCUCGAAAUCUCAAGAAGUCCUCUCAGGAGCUUUAUGGCCUUAUCUGUUAUGGAGAGCUUCGAAAGAAGAUCGGCGGCUGUUUGGGUGACAAGAAUGCAGCCAAACUGAACGAGCUGAUACAGUUGGGAGCAACCACUGUGCGACACAAAGGCAGGAACCUGCGGAUCAAGGCUCCCAUGUGCCGAGCGUUGAAGAAACUCUGUGAACCAGAGGGCAAGACAGGUGUGAGUGAUGAAGAGGAUCUGAAGCCAGUGCGGCUUCCACUGAAACUGCCUGUAGAGCUCCAGCCACGGAACAACCAAGCCUGGGCCCGGGUGCAGAGCUUAGCCCAGAAUCCUCGACUCAGGAUGAUUGUGGAGUUGCAUCGGAAGGUCUCCAGUCUAAUUGAGUUUCUCCAACAGAAAUGGGUCCUGCACGAGGUUCGAAUUCGAAAGAGCUUGGAAGACCAUCAGCAAGCAGAGCUGGGGCCACAAGAACCUGAAGACGAGUUGGUCCUCUUCCCAGUUGAGUCGGCUGCUCUCUCUCCUUUACCUGGCGUUGCCAGAGUGGUGCACUCAAAGGCCUAUUGUACCGUCCAUUGGCAGGAGACUGGCAAGUGCAAACAAGGUGUUAAAGACAUUCAUCUACUGCCACCUGCCCAGAUCCUUGGCACUCAGACUCGGCAAGGCACAACAAAAGUCCAGCAGAAGUGUCCCCGAGGUGGGACAGACAGUAAGCAGGGGGGCAAAGUAGAUGAUGCUAUUGAUGAUUCUACAGCUGGGACUCCAACAGCAGAGAAUGGCUGCAUGGACAGUGUUCCUUCUGAAGGGGUUACCGAUGGUCCGAGGACCCCUGAUAGAUCUCCUCCUGAGCUUGCGAACUCUCCAGCAGAGACAAUAUGCGAAGCAUCUGGCAGCCAGCCACCUGCUGUAGAGGGACCAUCACUAAUGGAUCCAUCACCUACUAGUCUGAAUUCUAGCCAGGACCCUAUUGUUCCAGAGGAAAGCAUUUGCACAGACAGCGCUUCUGCGAGCUCACCCAAGUCCCCAGAGGCUCUUCCCACAACUUCAGGAGAAGUUCCUCCAGGGCAAGGGCAUACAGACCUGCAGACUGAAAACGUUCAGCCAGAACCUUGCACUACGGAAACUUCAGGAACGGCCACUCAGGAGAAGGAGCCAACGGGUUCAUCCAAAGCACCCUGUGACGACUCUAACCAGCUAAUAGAGCAAGUACGUCAGAAGGGCUGGAACCAACAGACUUCUGAAAAUCUGACGCUAGCCGAGGUCUACCUCAUGUUAGGCAAACCAGGAAAACUGCAAUUAGAAUAUGAGUGGCUGGCGCCCCCUAGCCCAGAUGACUCGAGCUCCCCUCUGCAACACAAGCAGAGACUUCUAAACUGCCUCUUGCGCCUCAUCUCUACGGAAGUGAACCCUAAAACCCCUUCGCAGGGUCCCGAAACGACAUCGGUGGCCACGUCUCCUCUGAAGCUGCCCCAGGAGCAGGUUCUGACACCCUCACACAAAGUCAUCGCCCUGUUAUCGAGAAACCCCGAGUGUCUGAGUGCGCAGCCUGUAACACACAUCCAUACAAACUUCUCUACAGCCUCCAGUACCUCAGCUUUUGGGAGCCUGUCAGGUCCGCUGUUGGUUGGCCGUCCUUUGGGGCCCGUGACAAGCAGCAGUGAUGGCGCUAUAUUUGCAGUUCCCACGAUGUUGCCUCCAAACAGUCGACAUUCAAAAGUCUCCGCUCCGAGCAAGGAAUCUGAAAUGGCAAGUCGCCAGCAGCUGGGGGCUAUGGGUCCUGAGCUUUACCUUCCGAAGACAAAGAAACAGAGAAGCCGCCAACUUCGGAAACCCCUCGUAGUUCAGAGAACACUUCUUCCUCGGCCGUCUGGCAGUACCUCCCCCCACAUGUGUUCUUUCAGUAUUUUUCCCAACUCUUCUGUUGCAGGAAGAGGCUCUUUUCGCCCCAUUCACUCUGCCCUCAGCAAUGCUACUAUUGCGCAACCUAUAGUCUCGAAAGCAAUCCCUUCCCCUGCUGACAACUCUCUAUCCGGUGCUAUUGAUCUGGCUGCCAAGACUGCGGGUAUCAUCCCUGGACACUCGCUUAAUGAGCUGGGGACAAACGGCUUUACUGGCAUCGGCCCCAUAAAUCCUGAUGGAUUGUCUGGUGCAGCUCAGGAAUCUUCUUCAAACAGUACCAGUGGAGAUGCCAUACAAGUGACAGUUUGCCCCCAGGACCCUAUACCCUUUAUGGCCCUUUCAUCUUCAAAUGUGCAAGGACCAAUCCCACCCUUCCAGAACUCCCUUUACAGCGUUACAGCAAACUCGUCCAAUUGCGCUCCAAACAGCAGUACCAGCUGCCUCUCUCCCCCCAAUGUUUCCUCCUUGCUGGACAUCUCUCUGCCUGGCCCCCCCGAUGACGUCCUAUCGCAAGGAGACUCCGUCACGCACAUCAGCGACUCGAUCAUUGAAAUUGCCAUUAGCUCCGGGCAGUAUGGAGAAGCUGCCUCGUUGUCCCCAGCCAAACUCAAUGACAACUCAAAGAGUCUUCCUUUCCCAUCCUCGUUCCCCCAGCCGAACUGGAUUGCCUCUCCCAGUCAUGAUCCUCAGUGGUACCCCAAUGACUCCACCGAUUCCUCUCUCAGCAGCUUAUUCUCCAGUUUCAUUUCGCCUGACAAGAGCAAGAAAACCUUACCAGCAUCUGCAGGAGGCGCCAGUGAAACGUCCUUACUGGACGCGAGCUCCCGCGAUUCCUUCGUGUCUCGCUCUAUGUCGGACGUAGCCGAGGUGGUGGAUUCUCAUCUGGCCUGCCUCAUGAACGAAAACAGCAUAGACUACAUAUCUCGUUUCAAUGACUUGGCCCAGGAGCUUUCCAGCACGGAUCCUGUACGGAAAGAACCCCCCUUUGAAGCUGGGAUCGCCACUAGCGGACAGCCCAUCAGUGACUCGACCUAGGAGGGUUUCGCUCCUUUCAAAAUUGCGUACUCACCUCGAUCACUAGUGAUGAGGCAACAGACCUCCGGACCAGUUUUUGUCUUAAAACUAAAGAUGCUGCAUUGUAAUAUACUAAAGAGUAGCUAGUCGGAUAAUCUUUCCAUGUGACCUGGCUGGUCUUAGGUUUGUAUGAAUACUUGCCAGUUUUACAAGUAACCAUUUCAUUGUCCAUGAAAUGUCUUUAUGUGUAGCCAUGUCUUUCACUACAUGCGUGCAGCGGCGCGGAGUACGUGGCCCGCGGGGUCCUCGAACUGGCGCCAUCUUUGUUCCGCUUCUGUGACAGCUUGAUUCUUAAUGUCCUCUAUGAUGGCAGUUUAUGAUGUACAGGCAAUGAGGCACUGAAGCACUCUUGUGACUUGGACAGUGGUAUAGCAGCAGCAUGUUACAGCCGUGUGUACGUGCAACACAUCAUGUAAAUAGAUGUCCCGUUGUCUUUCUUUUCAGGAAUGUCACGUCACUUU